AUGGAACCAGAGCCGUCCCUUGCCGCUCUCCUUGAGGCUAUCACAGCCCUCACAGCCACAGUUGGGUCCUUGCAGGACCAAAUCAAAUCCCAAGGUGAGCAAAUCACACAGCUCACCGCCAUAUGCAAGGAAACCAACGACCUUGUUGGUGACAAGGACCAGGGCGGAGCCCAAACCAAGCCUGGCCCAUUGACUGGGCCUGUCACCCCUCCUACCCACUCAGGAGGGGAAACCCACACUCCAGGCACGGUUAGGCCUGGACUCAAGGCCCCCUUCCGCCCCUCAAGAGGAACAGGGUUUGACUCCAAGGAAGAAGAAGAGCCAAGGCAACCCAAAAAAGAGCCUCAGGGAACGCCUAGGCGGUCACUCAGCUCCCUUACCCCCUUUGACGCAGGAAGCGGCGUAAAAAGGCCCAAAAUGGAUCUCCCCAACCCUUAUAAAGGAGACACCAGGGGACGCAAGGCCACACAAUGGCUGGACCGCAUGCUGCUUUGGGUAGCCCUACACAGGGAUCAAUUUGACAAAGAGGAGCAGAUGGUCGUGUGGAUACUUUACCACAUGACAGACAAGGCAGCCGAUUGGGCGCUCCCCCUCAUAGGGGCCAUUAUCAAGGGCAAGGGGAACCCUCCCACUACUAUCCCGGCCUUAAUGGCCAAAUUCAAAGAGGCGUUUGCCAACCCCAAUGCUAAACGGGCAGCCGCCAGAAAGAUUGCCGCGCUGACUCAGACAACCACCACGUCUGAAUACGUUACCAAAUUCCGCAACCUCAUGGCGGAACUUGACUGGAACACUGAGGCGUACAUUGCCCAGUUUACGCGCGGCCUUCACUGGAAGGUAAAGGAACUCUUGUCCACUAAAGACAAUAUUCCUGACAAUGACCUUGAGGCUAUAUUCGCCGCCUUGGUCAAAAUUGACAACACUUGCUGGGAAAACAAGGAGAACCGCCCAAAGAAGGCACCCGCCAAGUCCCUGGCCACCGUGGCCACUUCCACUACCACCACUAGGGUCUGCCUAUCCAAGGACCCCAACUACGUCACCCCGGAAGAAAGGGACUGCCGCCGCGCAUCAGGGCUCUGUGUCAAGUGCGGACAGAAGGGACACGGGAUCAAGCAGUGCCCCAAUGGCUGGAAAGCCACAAUCAAGGAGGCCGCCAAGAUAGGAGAAGUUGUGGAAUUGGAAAAAGAGUAA